UCUAUUAACUUCAAGCAAAAUGUUAUUUCCAUAUCAUUUUCGUAAUCUAUACAUAAAUAUAGUUUUGUGUCUCAUAUUCCAGCUAACGAAUAUUUUAAUAAAAAAUGUUUCCAGUGAAAUGAGUCAAAAAUAUGUUGUUGCUAAUGAAGAUGAAUUUAAAAAUGCUUAUGAUCUUUUAGAAGUGCUCACGACAGAGCAACCUAAAAAAUUAAACAGAACUGUAGUUACUCCAAAACCAAUUGUUGGUGAUUACUGGAUGAAAAAAAUGGGACAUAUUAGAGAAGAUUUACUACGAAUACAAGCUAUAAUAGUUAAAGAUGAAGAUGUUGAAGGACCUUGCAAUCAAGGACAUCAAAAAACUCAACGUCGGUUCUUGAUGUGUGCAGGAUCUAUUCUAAAUAGGAAUCGAAUUUUAACAACUGCAUCUUGUUUGCAGGAAGCAAUCAAUGUCAGGCAUAAUAUUCGUGCACCUCUGUCUGUGGUAAUUGCACCACUGAAGCCAUCGAUUCAAGUCAUCAGGAUAGCAGAGUAUAGGAUUCAUCCAAAACAUAUCACCAACCCUUAUAGUGCAGACAACCCAAAACAUAAUUUAGCAAUUUUAAGUCUCGCGUGCAGAAUUUCAUCAGUUAAUUAUCAUAAAAUUGAACUGCCUACUCUACCUAUGACACACAUCUGUACGGAAGAAAAUUGCAUCAUUGCUGUUUAUAGACAAAGUGGUUACAUGAAUGUGAUUUAUCAAAUUCUAGCUCCACAAAUACCAUCGUAUGAUCGACGUCGAAGGUCAAUUAUUGAUGAAUCGAAAGAGAAGAUAAGUGAAUUGAAUAGAAAAAUGAAAACUGAUGUAUUCUAUGAUGAUUCAGAUUUGAAUUUAUUUAAAAAUUUUAGUGAUCAUAGAAUUUUUAAACGAUCAAGUAAUGGAUUAAGAGCUUGUCCUCAAACUGGUGCUGCUGUCAUGGUUAAUGAUACUCAAACUGCAAUAAUAGCAACUUCUUGUGAUGAUCGACAAGGCCAUGAACCCUUCUUGUAUACUGAUCUCUAUUAUAAUCAAAAUUGGAUCAACAGCGUUUUGAAUAACUGGAAUAAGCCAGAGUAUACAGAAGAUGAAUCUUCAAGAGCAGAUGUCAAUAAAACUCAUUCAACUAAAAAUUGUGGAAACUGUAUAUUCAACUUCUACAUAUCAGUGGGUUGUAAAGGAGGAAAAGGAAAUUGUCUAAAAAACCAAGGAAUGCUUUAUAAUCAGCAACCAAAAAUAAUCCACAAUACUCGCCAAGUAUCCAAUCAAGAAUUUAUGGAAGCUUGGUCAGACACUCAGAAGCCUACAAAUUCAUGGAGUAAUUCUCGACGAGUUGGAAGUCAUAAUAUUCAAGAAACUCUAUCGAAACAAAUGGAUCGAUGCCCAAGCAAUUCACCUGGAUGUUUACAAUCAUUAGCUGAAAUGAAUGAAAUACAUCAGAGAAUCCCUACUGGUCAGGUGAAAGAAGAGGUAAACAUGGCUAAUGAAAAACCUACAAGACUCGUUGUCAAUAAUCCAGUUAUGAUGAGAGGUAGGAAUUAUUCACAUGGAAAUGAUAUGGAUAGAAUGUUUAGAUACAAUGGGCUACAAAAUGUAGGUAAUCGUUCAUGGUUUCUGAGAAAUCCUAGUAAGCCAAUACAAUCUCCUCAGAAUAUUUAUGAUGUCAAAGGUUUCAAUAAUAAAAAAUUAAUCCAAGAGGAAAGAAAUAAUUGGUUACGACGUAGACAUGCUAAUAAUUACGUUAAUCCACAAAUAAAUCAUGAAAAUCCAAUAAUAAAAGACUCUGAAGAUAUUGAUUAUUGUUUUUUUUAUUCAAGAAAUAAAAAUUCUGAGAUGUCAUCGAGAUGGAACAUUUUAAUGAUAUUUUUGUUUUUAAUUGUUGGGAGUUUACAAGAAUAUCAACCUUACAAGUUGGAUAUAAAAAAUAAAUUUAAGUCGAAACAAUGGCAUGAUGAUCAGAGGAUUGAAUCAGACACUUUGCAUCAAUUAAACGAAAAUGAAACCAGAGAUUCAGCUUCAAGUGAUACAAGGGAAGUAUGUAAAUUUAAAAGCUGCUCAGAUAAUCCUGUGAUGAUGACACGAGAUUCGCCAAAGCAAAACACGUUUCUUUUGACUUUCUCUCAGGUCAACUUAUCCAACAGUAACAACGUGUCCUUGGAAAACUCACGAUCUUCAACUUUCUUUGAUUUCAAGAAAAAUUCCAAACAGAGAAAGUCCAAUGUGUUUCCUAAAAAUCCAACUUAUCUCAAUCAGACUUUGAGAAAUGUUUUAAAAAUAAUUACCAAAAUUUUAAUGUCACAAAAUCUAGGAAUGACAAAGAGAAAUGACAUGAUAGAAACUGGACACAUUAAUUUAACUAAUGAACAAUCUUUUGAAGCUACAACACAGUUGUCUUUGAUGAGUAUUAAUGAAAUAAACAGAAACAAUGGAAGAAAUGAAGAAAUUAAUGAUAUUUAUGACAAAGUGAGUGCUAAAUUGGGAGAUUUUCAACCAGAAAAUGAGAAGAAUAAUUUGAAUAACGGUAUUAAAAACCAAUUUAAGCGACGAGUAAAACGUCGGAUAAACUUGGAACGAUGGAUAUCUCAAGAAUAUGAGGGUGAAGAAGAGAUGAUGAAGAUGCAUGCAUUUAUAGUAAGAGAUGAAGUAAUACCAAGUUGUUGUACUGCAGCACGAUCCGUCAGCGCUACCCGUUAUUUUAUGUGCAGUGGUGCAAUUUUGACCCUUACGCAUGCUAUUACAACGGCAUCCUGCAUGCUUUUUGCCGAUUUAUAUGAGAAACACAUCAGGGCUGAUCUGGCUGUUCUCGUUGGUGGAUCAACAUCUUCACCAUAUGUUAUUAAAAUAAAUCAUUAUGAAAUGCAUCCUAAUUAUGUGUAUGAUAUUGAUGAUCCAAAUCACGCGAAAAAUAAUCUUGCCAUACUGUUUCUUAAUUGCGGUUUUAGCUUCAUGAUGGGAACUAUCGUUCCUCCGAAGCUUCCACAAGGUAUUUACGAUGAUGUUGGGCAUAUUUGUUGUGGAGAAAACUGUGAGAUUAUAACAAUUAUUCAAAAAGCUGACAAUCAUCACGUUGCUAGAGUAUUAAAAGCUAAACACAUUCCACCACCAGCCCAUGACCUAAAUGAUAAUAACAAAAGACAGCACGAUGGAAGACGCAGAAUGAAAAUGAGAAAAUCACACAAAGUAAAAAGAAAUGUAUCCUCAUGGAUUCGAUAUAAAAGAAGCCCGGGUAAGCUUGCUGAAGCACCGUCCUUUCUAUUUAGAGAUUCCGAGGCUGCAAGCACUACUGCAAUAAAAAGCACUGAAAAAAGUUCAAACUCUAAACGGGAAAAUAUUAAAAAUAUUUUGGAUGAAAUUGCUAAUGCGAAAAAACAAUCAGUCAACAAUGUAACUCAUGCAAAAAAUAAUACUCUGAAUAUUUUAACUGAAGAUGGUAGACGAGAACUCAUUCAGAGAAUUGCAGCAAAUUUAUCGAUGAUCGACGAAAAAUUAUCUAAAGUCGAUUGGAUGAAAAUAGAGCAAAUAAUGGAAUCGAAAAUUCCAAAUGCAAACAAAGAAAAGAUAGAAAAGUUUGCCAACAGUGUAGUUGAUGAAACGAUAAAAAGAUUGGGAACAGUUAUAGAAGUUGACGGAGAAAAUAGUAAAAUCGAUGUUCAGCAGGUGAAAGAAUUACCAUCUGAGAGAAAGACUAAUGUGUUCAUGUCUCUUUUGAAUGAAAAAGCUCAGCAAAAUCGAUCAUUCGGUGAUUUCACAAAUAUUUUCACAGACAUUAUAACCAGCCUAUUGCCACCAAAAGGUGCUGAUAAAUUAUCAGUAUCAUCUGACUUAGUUAUAGAAGAACAAGAUUUAUCAUUACCACCACCAAAAUAUAUUAAUUGUCCACCACUUGGUGCUCCAAUUUUUAAAAAUGAAACACUGAUUGCUAUGGUCGCCUAUACGUGUGACGACGUCGAGAGCUGGGUACAAUGGAAAUACGUAAGCAUCUCCAGAAACUUAAAUUGGAUUCGUCAAAGAAUAGCAGUAGAACAAAAGCCUCCUCCAACACUGUGUGAUUCUCCAUUCAGUGGAGAAGAAAUGAGCUUGGAUCAAUUAAUUCAUGGAUCCAGAACAUUAACAGCAAGAAAAAAUUUGCCUUUCUUUCCAGCAGGUUUUGAGGAUAAUGAAGCUUACAGGAUAAUCAGAAAUCAACUAAAAAAGGCAAAAGAAACUAAGAAAUAUGCACAAAAUUUAGCAACCACAUUAUCAGAAACUGAUGAAGUUAAAAAUCGUGGAUAUUUACAGAAUUCAAAUCAAAUUAAUCAAAACUUUAAAUGGCGUAGAGCAAAAACUGAAUAUCCAGCUCCAAUUAAUGUUAACUCAAACACUUGCGUGACAAAACCAGACGGCUCAACGGAAUGUCAAUCACUGUCUGAAUCCUCCAAAGAUCAAUAAGAACACUAUUAAAUGCUCAAUUUACCCCCAGGUUUCAGAGCAAUGGCUAUCCGAUUAGGAAGCCCUCCAUAAGGUCAAUCUAUUCAAUAAUUCGGACUUUGACUUGUGAAUUACAAAGCCUAUAAAUUAAAUUCCUGGAAGCAACACGAUAAACUUCCUAUUACUUACAAAGGCUUUUCUAAGUGUUCUAAAACUAUGUAUGCAUAAACAAAGCAAAUUCAAAGGCUGUCUAUUUAGCAAUAUCACUACCAACAUCUCGAUUUACUUAUGAAUAACUUGGAUGAAUAGACGAUCUCAUCGUAGAAUCUAAUUUGUGGCUGCCUACAUAUCUAUACAUCUCAAUAUCAUCGAUGUAACAGGAGGCGAUAUAUCCUGUUUCAAGAUCUGAUACACCAUGGUAUAACAAGCGUACUAUGUUGUGGCUUCCCACGUGUAAAUCAUUAAUGAAUUGUGGUUACAUUUCGGAUAGGAUGCACUUCCCGUCUUCCUGCUACUGACAGGGAAACUCAAAUCUCAACUCAAACUAUCACACCGCUUCGAAUUACUUCUGACAAUUUCCCAUUACUCACAGCUUACAAAGAGAAACUACAAAUUAUUUUAUGAGCUUAAAUAGACUUGUUAGCUGAUAAUGAAUUGCACAAAUAUGGUAA